AUGGGAGCCUCGGCUCUCAACAGUACCCGGGCGUCGAUGAAGGAACGCGAAGAUGCUCGCUGUGUUGUGAAGCCGGUCUUGGCGUCGCAUCACAUAUGUGGCUUGUGGAACCACCCCGACAGUCAGCUUCGAAAGCAGAUCCUGAGAACGAUCGAACGAUUACCUGACGCUCAGGCCGUCGAUAUUCUACGAAAAGGGUACAAAGAUGCUGAAGAACUUCCAGUCACCGUUUGCAUCACGCUAACCAAGCGCUCUUCAUCGGGGGCGAAGAUCGAUCGAGUCCUCCGGAAAUUGCGAAAGAUUCUGGACAAUCAUGGACUCACCGAUAUCCUUUGCCAAGUCGUGGAGUCAACAGUUUCUUUUCAUUCGUCCGCGUCUACUGCUCAUGUACCAGAGUUCACCGCAACGGAGGAAGAGGGGACUAGGUUGAUCUCACUUGCGGCAACUAGCAUUAGCCCGUUGGCCACAAAUGCCUCGGGGGAGUUUUCAGAACUGGAAGUAGAAGGAUCACUCGGGCCAGUUUUGAAAUGGAAGCAGCAGGACGGUUCUGCGAAAUUUUUGGGCCUGACAUGCCGGCAUGUGGUGCAGGAUGAGGCUCAGUUAAAUGCUACGAUGCACCAGCCGCUGACCGAACCGAUCAACAUCAUACAGCCUGGCCCUGAUGCAUUCCGACAAAUCCGGGACACCUUGACAGAGAUUCAAGAACAAGCUGAACCGGAAGAGAUCAGAGAUCAUAUCGGGGCUGCCCUCCAUCAGCUAUCCGCCUUCCAGCCACUAAUUGCACGGGUUGUUGGCCAGGUCUUGUUUGCGCCACGUUUUGGACUUCGCCCUGUUGUUCGCCGAAAUUCCGCUGUUCGUCAAGAUGAUCAAGCCGACCCUCCAAGCAGGGAGUUCAGAUGGUUGACCGACUGGGCUCUAGUUGAGGUAUACCCGGAUGUGGCUCCAGAGUUCGCUAAUCAAGUGAUUGUCUCGAGAGCCCAACACUCACGUCUCCUUGACCAUGGAGCUACGAUACGUGCCAGGAAUAUGGGAGCUGAUGAUGUCACACUUGAGCUGUCCGGAACAGUUUCUGAAUCUCAACUGAUGGCAAUGCCGAGGGACGAAAGCAACCAAGCGACCGUCGCUAAAUUCGGUGCGGCCACCGGCCUAACGCUAGGUUCGAGUAAUGGUAUGUACUCUUCCCUCAGGACCGGGAAAACAACUUGGAGCCAGGAGUGGUGCAUCAUAGGCAUGAAAAAGGACCCUAAUCAGGGUAUGCUGGCACAACGGACCACAUUUUCUGCGCAGGGCGACUCUGGUGCAGCGGUCUGGUUCCUGGAUGGGAAGAUAGCUGUGAUAGUUUAA